AUGCCACGAAACAAUUCUGAAAAACACAAGCAAAAUGGACCCACUCUUCCUGAUUCCAUUAGAGAAGAACUGGAAGUUAAUGGCGUUGAUAACAGGAAAUUCGAGAAAAAAUUUAAGAAUCGGGCCAAAAAUCGGAAGGAAAAGCGAAAACUACAACGAUUAGAAAAGAAACGUAAGGGAGUUCCUGUUUUAAUUAAUAGUGAUGGCACACAAACUG